AGCUCAGGCAUGCUGCAAUACAUAACCUGCUGUCUGCGUCUAAUCAUGCUGCAACAUUUCCUCCACUUCAUGAAAAUUCAAAUGAUGAAGUGGCAAAGGUUAUCGAUGGGCUAGAAGUCAUUAUCUGUCAUCAACUGUUCUUCCAUAUAUGAAGGGUGACAGAAUUAUCAUUGCACAGGAGAGUCUGGAUGUAGCCAUCGAGAGGUUGAAGGGGCAGGUUAUUACAUCUAAGAAUCUCUCUCAAACACAAACUCUGAAGAAUGUGGCGAUACAUGAGUGUGCCCGCAAUUUUAUAUCUUCUACUGUUCCUCUUGAUGGAAUUGGAGUGGAAUUCGAUGAUGGUUGGCUGCUUAAGGAUAUCAAGAGGACAGUGCAUGAGCUUGUUGCCCUUCCAACAUGGAUACCGGAGCAUUUUUCUCAUGUCAAGUUAUUAAGGGCCUCUAUGUGCCUGGACCCUCCUAAGCCCUACAAAGGUGUUUUGGUUUUUGGGCCUCCUGGCACAGGAAAAACACUCUUGGAAGAGGCACUCACAACAGAAGUUGAGACAAAAUUUAUCAGCGGUUCUACACUGACAUCAGAGGUGAUAAGAACCCAGCAGGACAAUGAACUUAAAGAGGCAGCGCUAUGGGCUUAUCACAAAGAAGAACAACAAAUAAAAUCGUUUGGAAAGCAGCAUGAAGCAAGGAGACAAGAUAGAAGAAUCACAAAAUGUUGGAGGAGUGCCGUCGAGUCUGCAGAGCAAGAUACUGUGUGGCCGCACACUACUGCUGACAGUGACGUUGCAAAAGUUAGAAAGAGUCCAGGAAACAGUGCAACAAUUGUUAUAGAUGAAGAUGAUUUGCCAGCAACCCGUCGGAGCUAUAGAAGAGGAAUAAGAAGGAUGCGUUCAUGGUGUCGUGCCAAUGGAAUGCAGAAAGAUAUUUCUUCAAUUCUUGGAGAGGGCUUCGAAGUUUACACGACACCAGCGGACGGCACAUUUCACCUCACAUUUGUGUGCAAGAAGAACUGGAUAACAUUCUUUUUCUAUGGAAGGAAUUUGUACAUGAAGGGGUGGAAUGGGCCGUUUGGUAUCUUCGAAAUACAGUCAGAUGCACAUGUAGGGCCGAACUACAUCCCUGACCCGUCAUGCACGGUUUUGAAGACUGGUGAAAGCUAUAACGAUCUUUGCACAAGAGGAAAAGUAGGCAGUGUGAGAAUCGGUCCUCAUGUGCUGAUAGAUUACUUGGAGGUUUUGUGCAAGUGCAGAGGGAUCAUAUCCAAUGAGCUUUUAUCUGCGAUAGCUACUUAUAUUGUCAGCACAGCAGAAGCAGUCCGUCUCGAAGAUGUUUUUAAGGAAGUUGAUGAGUCGUUCAGUAAUUAUCAUCUUCAUAAUCUGAACAGCAGAAGUGACCUUGGGUUCCAAGUCAGGUCAUAUGGGCACUAUUCAACUGAGAUUCUGCAGUAUGUGGAUUUCGUUCUAAGAGGAGAGCCACCUGAGGAGAUAGUCAACCGUGGCACUGGAAAUUACAAGACACUGAAGGAGUUGGUCGAGAAAAUCAAAGUGCCGCUACGUGACUCCUACAUAGAGGGAAUAUUUCAGCAUGAGCCAAAGCCCGAAUCAGUGGUUUGGUGUCCCCCAAUUCUGGGCUCUAUAGGAGAAGAAGAGAUGGAUGAGGAAGAAGAUGAGCUGCAAGAUGAUGCUGAUUCAGGGCAUGGAAGAUAAAUGGCUUCCUCUCCACCUUCUCCUCCUCCCCUUCACCCACCUCCCCCUCAUGCUUUUGAUGAUGGGUUCACAAGUAGUGGCUUUGUUUCAUGGUCUUGGAAGGUCUUGGUCGGUUCCGGCUUACAUUUUGAAUGGGUGACAUACUAUCCCUGGUUUGAUGGGCACCUAGGAGCCGGUUCCACUGUCCAAUGCAUCUCCCAACCUGAUCCAUCCGCAAUUUGAUCUGCAUGCUUGGCAGCAGCAGAAUAUGGACCAGGGCUAGCAGCAAGAGGAGCGCGCCGCUUCUCCCGUGAUGCAGAAUGGUUGGAGAGCUUGGCCUGUGAUUCCUCCUCCGUUUCGUAGUGUUAAUAUCAUUGAUAUUCUUAACUAUGAGAGGGCGGCGUGUCUAGUUUUUGGUUAUCUUGUGCACCUUUAGUGGUGUGGCCCCUUUUUAUUUCAGUGUCUGUUGCUGCAGUAUUUUAACCCAGUUUAAUGUCGUAUGGGUCAGUGUCAUGGAACAUUUUGUGUUGUAACAUUAGAGGCUUGAAUUCUGAGGCUAGGUGGCCGUUUUUGCAUAAUAAAAUUGAAGAAAGUGGGCUUCCA